AUGUGUGCCCAUGGGAAGAAGUGCAUUGACCAGAAGCAGGUGUGUGAUGGGGUGGCCCAGUGUCAGGACCGCUCUGAUGAGAUGGACUGCCUGAAGUCCAUGGAGGGCUGUGCUCACCACUGUGACAACAAGACCCGCUGCCUCCCUGACACCUUCCUCUGUGAUGGAGAGGGAGACUGCCUGGAUGGCACUGAUGAGGCCGACUGUGGUAAUGCCCCCCUCGGUGGCACACUUGCCUCUUGAGUUUUGUUAAACCAUGGUCCUUAUCUUUCAACUUCUGUAAACAUAAAUGUCGAUUUAUUGCCUCUUGUCCUUUUGAUACUAAAGUCAGUUUCACCAUCUCCCCAGAUUCAGACUCCAAUGAUCAUAAAAAUCAUCACGAUGUUGCUGAUGGUGGCAACUACAAAGGGAAAACCACCUCCAUGUCUGCACCAGCACCCAUCAAGUGUCCUUUUGGCACUAAACCAUGCCAGGACAAGAUUGAGUGUGUUCUUUACAGCCAUGUGUGUGAUGGAGAGGCAGACUGUAACGAUGGCUCAGAUGAAGAAGCAUGUUCAUUAGAAUGUGAAAGUGGUAAGCAAAUCAGUGGCUAAUUAAAAAAAUAUAGAUAUAAAUUAUGAACAGUAGUUUGACAUUUUGAAAAGCAAAUUCUUCCCUCUGGUUUUAUCGUACUGGACAUCAUGACAACACUGCUCUCUAGUGCAGUGGUUCCCAACCGGGGGUAUUUGGCCUAUCCACAGGGGGUACUUGAAGACUCAUUAGACCAUAGGCCUACUGGUAAAAUGCACAAGUGUAAUACAUGCUUACUGUUGAACUAGCUAGCAUACUGGCAUUCACUCAAAUACCAAUUGAACAUACACACAGAACAUAGUGGCUUAGACCACUGCAUGGUGUGCAUGUUUAGAGUUCCAUCUUUGAAAAAUUCCUCACUGGUCACCAUUUUAGUGUUAUUGACUGCUCUUAAACUGGACUGUAUGUUCAGACCAGUUUCAGUGUGCCCAUGGGAAGAAAUGCAUUGACCAGAGGCAGGUGUGUGAUGGGAUGGCCCAGUGUCAGGACCGCUCUGAUGAGAUGGACUGCCUGAAGUCCAUGGAGGGCUGUGCUCACCGCUGUGACAAGACCCGCUGCCUCCCUGACACCUUCCUCUGUGAUGGAGAGAGGGACUGCCUGGACGGCACCGACGAGGCCGACUGUGGUAAUGCCCCCCUCACUGUCACAUUGCCUGUAGAUGAGUUUUGAUAAACAAUGGUCUUUACUUAUGUUUACAGACGUUGAAAGAUGUAAGACAUGUCGAUUUUUAUUGCCUCUUGUCCUUUGCUACUAAAGUCAGUAUUUUUCACCCUUUCCUUAGAUUCAGAAUCCACUGAUGAUCAUAAAAAUCAUCACUAUUUUGUUGAAGAUGUUUAUGAUGGCAACAACGAAGGGAAUGCCACCUCCAUGUCUGCACCAGCACCCCUCAAGUGUACUUUUGGCACUAAACCAUGCCAGAACAAUAUUGAGUGUGUUCUUUACAGUCAUGUGUGUGAUGGAGAGGCAGACUGUAAAGAUGGCUCCGAUGAAGAAGAGUGUUCCUUAGAAUGUGAAAGUGGUAAGAAUCAGUGAUCUAAAAAAAAAAAAACACGAACAGUAGUUUGACAUUUUGAAAAGCAUAUUCCUCCCCCUGCUUUUAUUGUACUGAUCAUGACAGUACUGCUCUCCAGUGUAAUACAUGGUUACUGUAACAACCUUUUGAACUAGCUGGCAUACUGGACUUCAGUCAAAUAUCCAUUGACUAUAUACACAUAGAACACAGUUGCUUAGACCACUGCAUGUUAGAGUUCCGUCUUUGCAAUAUUCCUCAGGUCACCAUUUCAGUGUUAUUGACUGCCCUUAAACUGUACUGUAUGUUCAGGCCAGUUUCAGUGUGCCCAUGGGAAGAAAUGCAUUGACCAGAGGCAGGUGUGUGAUGGGGUGGCCCAGUGUCAGGACCGCUCUGAUGAGAUGGACUGCCUGAAGCCCAUGGAUGGCUGUGCUCACCACUGUGACGACAAGACCCGCUGCCUCCCUGACACCUUCCUCUGUGAUGGAGAGAGGGACUGCCUGGAUGGCACAGACGAGGCCAACUGCGGUAAGUUUCACUUCCAAGGAACCACUAAACAACUGAGCAGAACUGGGGCCAUUUUGGAACUGUCCCAACUACUUGCUUUUUAAAGGAAGAUCAAUUUUAAGAAAUUGCCAAUUGGUCCUCUUGACCCAUAGCUGAUGAGAGCUGCAGCAGUGUGGAGUUCCGUUGCACCAGUGGUCAGUGUGUAUCUGUAAGCAUGCGCUGCGAUGGGCAUCCUGACUGUCGGGAUCACUCUGAUGAGGAGAGCUGCACCAAGCCCCCCCAGUGCACCACCAAGCUCCGCUGCCCACACAGCCAGGAGUGUCUGCUGGAGGAGUGGGUCUGUGAUGGGGAGCAGGACUGUAAAGAUGGCUCUGAUGAAAAGGUGGGAAUAUUUGGCCUGGGUGCAAGUCUGUUUCUGCUCUCUUGCCAACUCCUUGUUUGGCAUGACUAUUCCAUAAGGAGUUGGUAAGUGGGCAGAAACUCAUUGACAAGCAGGCUAGGUAAUAUUAGAGAUUUGGAGGAUGUAGAUGUGACUUGUUUUCUUUAAUGGUUCCAGCCUUAUUCAUUAGACUCCUAAUUGACUUUGAAUGACGUAGGAUAGCCUCACACCACCUGAUCUCGUGAGCUUACAUGGCUGUUCGCUACAAGAGAGCGCAGCGGUAAUUACGAGGCUUGUAGCUAAUGUGCUUUUACCUCAUGUGAUGUAAAUCAAAACUAGGCUAUAAUACACAGUAUAUUGAAUUAUUUCAGAAUUGCAAGAUGGUCCAAUUGAAGUGUGGGGCGUUCCAGUGGGCCUGUACAUCGAAGACCCAAUGUGUUCCCGAAGCAUGGAGAUGUGAUGGAACAAAGGACUGUGCUGACGAAAGUGAUGAGGCAGGAUGUGCGUAACUAGACAAACUUAUUCCAACUAUGUAUGAUCAGUUAUGUUGAAACUGAAUCUGUAAUGGUAAAUGAAUAAGCCUUUCACUUAUUGACCAUUAUUAAACAUCUACUUUAACUUGGGUAUUUGUGUUAAUAGGUGGUCAGGUGGAAACAUGCCCCUCUCACCAGUUCCAAUGUGGUAGUAAAUGGGAGUGUUUGGACACAGCCCUGGUGUGUGACUUGGUCAGAAACUGUGCUGAUGGUUCUGAUGAGGGUGGUGACUGCCAAACCAAGUGUCCAGACAAAGCCCAAUGUGCCCAAAACUGUUACAGUUCACCACAGGGAAUGGUGAGUAAUGGGGAAAAGCUCUUAAGUAAAGAAAAUAAUAAUCUGGCUGUCAUGUGUUAGAUUUCUCUGCUUCUCACUGAGUUUGACCCCCUCUACCGAUUUCUGUUUCUCUCCCAUAUAGAGGUGUGGGUGUAAGGCUGGUUACCGGCUCGACGAGGAUGCGGUGUCGUGUGUAGAUAUUGAUGAGUGUGAAGGUGGUAGACCAGGUGUUUGCAGCCACUCAUGUGUCAACACACAGGGCUCCUUCCAAUGUCACUGCAACCCUGCUUACCUGCUGGAAUCCGAUGGCCGCCGCUGCAAGAUCACGGGUAAAAUAUCAAGGUUCCCUCUGCUUGACGGUAUUAAUUUUAAUUGAGGAAUGUGCACGACGGUGAACCGACUUUGUGAAUGCAGGCUAUGUUGGCUGGAGAAAGUACUCGUAUACAUCAGGCACAGUAGGUCUAUACCAACCCACUUUGUUUCCCCACAGGUGAGCCCUAUCUUCUGGCCUCUGUGCAGACGGAGCUGUUCCUGUUUGGGCUGAGAAGCAGUAGUCUGGAUGUCCUGGUGUCCUCUGCUAAGAAAGCCAUCCUGUCUGUGGACUAUGACUGGAGGGAUCAGAGGGUGUUCUGGGUCAGCCUGGAUUCAGAGAGCAUCAAGUGGUCCUCUCUAGACCAAAAAAAACGAGGAACUCUUUUUAAAGGUUAUUAUUAUGGUUAAACUGAGGUUAACAAUGUGUAACGCUGUGGGUGAGAGACUGUAAAAAUGGCACCAUUUAUGAAAACAGGUUCAAGUUACUUGGUUUAACAAAUGAAAAAUGUUAAUCUCCACAGGCAUCAAAUCUGACUGCAUUGCUGUUGACUGGGUAGGGAGAAACCUGUACUGGAUUGAUGGCAUUGGAGGUGGUCGGAUUAUUGCUAUCGGAUUAAACUCUACCAUUACAAGCGCUCUGGAUCACACUGUCAUCCUCGACGAGGACUUUGAACAACCUCUCUCUCUGGCACUCUUGCCACAGAAGGGGCAAGUUUUUAAUUUAUUUUCUAGUUGUGACUGAACAGCACCCACCCAAACAAGCUGUUACUCUAGUUCUUUUGUAUACAUUUGGAGGAAGGUGACGACUAAACAAUCUGCUCAGGGACUUAUUGAAUUGGUUUCCACCUAACCACUGUCCUAUGGCAGGAUAAUGUUCUUUAAUGCUUUAUGUAUGGUGUUUUCAGAAGACUUUUCAGUAAUCAACAAUAAAAUAACAUUGAUUUGGAUUUAAUUGCAGGAUCAUGUUCUGGUCGGAGAUUGGUAACGAGGCAAAGAUUGAGCGGGCGGGAAUGGAUGGGUCUGAGAGGCGAGUGGUAGUCAGUCACAGCCUCAGCUGGCCAGGCAGUCUGGCUGUGGACACACUAGGGGAGCGGCUCUACUGGACAGACGAGAAGCUUGGGUGCAUCGGCUCAGCCACCCUGGAUGGAGGGGACGUCAAGGUACUACAGAAAUGGAUGGGUGUUUUGCGUAGGACUAGAUCAGACUUGUAGUGUUGUACGCUUUAAAUUAAAUACCCUAUAAAGCCAUAUUUCAAUGUCUAAUCUGUCCCUUUCCGUCCUGAAGCUUCUGCAGAUGAUGGAAACCACCAACCCUUUCGCUGUCACAGUUUUCAAUGACAUGCUCUACUGGUCAGACACCAAGAGGAGAACUAUUCAAGCGGCUCAUAAAAUCACUGGAAAGAACUGUCAAGUUCUACUCAAACGACCUGGACAACCUUUUGGACUCAAAGCAAGUAUUUUUCCCCAAUUUCAAUACAUAAUGCACAUUAUGCAUACCAUUUUGUUCAUUUCACUUAAAUAAGAUGGCGAAAUCUCAUGGGUUUGCUGUAAUUGCAUAAAGAACUUGUUGUAUUUUUGGGAAUGUGCGCUUAAUGAUUUGUAUGUCUAUCUGGGCUGCAGAUCAUUCAUCCACUGCUGCAAACGAGCACUGCGAGUCCCUGUGAGAAACUUCGUUGCUCUCACCUGUGUGUGUUGGCCCCCGGCCCCAAAGGGAUCUGUAAGUGUCCCUCUGGUCUGCUCCUAGCGGUCGAUGGCCUCACCUGCUCCAACCUGGUCAACUCUGCCUUCCUCUUGGUGCUAUCGCCAACUGUUGUCACACAGGUAGGACUCAAGUUUACCCAUUUCACACUGCACUAUAUUCAAUGCUACACGUUAAUGACUCGAAGUCCCUGUCCUCUCAAACAAAAAGCUCUUAGGAAUGCUUGGUAAUGUCACAUAAGCUCUCAGUAAUAACCUGUGCUUUGCGUCUGUGGAAGCCCAAUUGGCUUUGUGUGCAGUUGAGGAAUAAACACCAAAAGCUUCGCCACAUGUACUUGGACAUUUAUUUUGUCUCUAGAUCUACCUGCAGACCAUGCACAGUGCUGUGGGCCUGAAGACCUGGCCUGAGCACCUCUCCCUACCUCUCCCCAAUGUCAAUGAGGCGGCCAUGUUGGAUUACACCCUGCGAGACCAGACCCUGUACCUGGCUGACUCCGGACAGUCUGUAGGCCUCUUCAAGCUGAAGGAGACCGGCUUGGUGCCUCUGCGCCAGUUCCUGCAACUAAAAGGGGACACUGUCACAGCCCUGGCUCUAGACUGGAUAACCCUCAGUGUAUACUGGAGUAGCACCAAACAGCCACGCCUGCAGGUCACCUCUUCCAGUGGGGAACACACUGCUGUGUUAAUUCAGGAUAUGGGAAGUCUGGAGUCUAUAGCGCUUCACCCACUCAGUGGAAGACUCUGUUUUACCAACCUGGCCAAGCAGGGGGAAGGCGCUCAUGUGGAGUGUGCUCACAUGGACGGGGAGAAGCGAGCUCAGGUGUGGAAGGAUGCUGUGCAGCCCACCUCCCUGACUUUCUCGAAUAAAGGCGGUGAGAUUUACUGGGCUGACAUCGGUGAGGAACCAUUGUUCUACAAUACAAACCUUCAAUUUAAAUCGCUCUAUAGAAGUGGUGAUGGAAUACUUUAUUUUUGUUAAUGUUUAUCAACAAGUGUUCCAUUUUCUGUUAUGUUCCAGGUGCUGGGGUGAUCGGCUCUGUCAGAGUGGACGGUUCUGGAUAUAAUGAGUUUACAACUGGGGAUGGCCUGACUGCAAUUGCGCUCAGCAACAGCAUGCUCCUCUGGGUGACAGACCGUGGUAAUGUACAUUUUUCUUUCUAAACACAGCUGCCAGUACUCAGUGCCACAUCUUACUGUAGCCAGAAGAUGGCUCUCUUUAGUCAUUAAAGUAGAACUAACAAGGAUAAUGGUUGAUCUCGAACUCUGUUCUUUCACCAUGGUUUUGGAUUAUCAUUGAUGUUGAUCAUAACAAAUGUUUCAGAUACAACCCAAGUUUGGUAUAGAGAUGACCAACUGACCAAAACUCUUUGGUUUGAGGUCAACACUGAAGUUGUCAGUUUGAAGGCCUACAGCAAGUCCAGCCAGAUGGGUAAGAAAGGCCACAUUUGCAGACGUGACCCCACACUACUCGAUUUACUGAGGCCUUACUUUUCAAACUUCUUUACUCUUCCUCAUACACAUCCAUUUCCAGGCUUGAACUUCUGCUCAGAUGGGAAUGGAGACUGCAGUCACUUGUGUCUGGCUGUUCCUGGUGGUAGGACCUGUAGGUGUGCCCAUGACCAUCAGCCAGUCAAUGCCACACACUGUGCCCCAGACCAGCACUGCCCAGCUGGUAAUAGACCAUGUCUGGAUGGGCAUACAUGCCUCCCCCUGGAGAAGUUCUGUGACGGUCGUCCUGAUUGCCUUGACACCUCGGAUGAGAACUGUGAGUCUUUUCUAUUAGCAAUGCCUGAAAUUUAACAAUCUUAGCUAUAACUCAGCAUUUCUCACACCUGCUCCUGGAGGAUCCCUAGCACUACACACCUGAAGUGAUCAACUCCUCAAGCUUUGAUUAUUUAAAUCAGUUGUGUAGUGUUAAGGCAAAAAUAAAUGUGCAGCUCUUGUGGUUCCCAGGACCAGGAUUCACUGUCAUAACUUAACUUCAAUUGAAUACACAACUAGUCUGAUUCUCCCAUGUCUCAGGUGUCCAUCUCAAAGGGCAGUCUGAAGUCCAGUCCAAAGCUCCAACCCUGCCUCCCAGCCCCAGCGGAUCUGCAGAUCCUGGCUCUACCACCACUUCUCUGGACAACAGUUGGCUAGUGAGAGAUCUGAAUGUCCAGCAGCAGUGUAGCGAAAAGCACUGUAAUGGGAAUGGGGAGUGUGUGGAGAGGAAUGGGGGCACCUCCUGUGCCUGUGGUCUAGGCUACAGUGGAGACUCCUGCCAAGACCAGCUCACCAAGACCAUGCAAGGCCCACUAAUCUAUGGGGUCGUUGGUCUCUGUGCUGGGAUUGUAGUUAUCAGUGUCCUCGUUGCCGUGGUCAAGAGGAAGACUGCAAACGCAAGGUACUCAUACCAAACUGCUUGAUACUGUAGGUCUUCCCUGAAAUGUCUCUACCAUUCAGUUGAACGUAGCAUCUAUUAUUAGAUGUAUUGUGAUUAGAAUGCUUUCUAAUGUGUAGCUGUUUGUCAAGAGAUUGAGACUAUUCACCUUUUCCAUUCCCAGGCAAGCCAGCGCUGUGGUGAAGCAGACCAGUAUGACUGACCUGGAGAAACAUGAAUCUCCCUCUACACAACCUUCACCUGAAGACACUAACUUUUCAGAGGUACAGUAGGCUGUUUUUAUAUUUAAAGCAAUUGUAAACUUCAUAAGUUUUGCCUAAUACAAUUUUGUUUUAUUUCACAGGAAGUGGCGUCAUCUGUGGAUUAA